CCCGCCAUCUACGGAAUUCACCCCACCCCCAAAUUCAAAGUCACAACCAAACAUAAUGGCACCUUCGUCAGGACGACGGCAACCGCCGAGCGCGGAAGAGCUAGACGAGCGUAAUAUCGUAGGUAUCAACAAGGAAACAGUCACAAACACCGUCUCUACCGAUUACCCGGAAAAUUAUGCGAACGAAGAGCAUGCGUGGGACAAAGAAGCCUUCCGCAAGAGCUUCAAGGUCCAAUGGCACCAGAACGAGCAGUUCGAGGCGCAGUUCUCGCUCAUCGGCGUGGACGCCUCCAUAGCCAACGCCUUCCGCCGAAUCCUCAUCGCUGAGAUUCCCACCCUCGCCAUCGAUAUUGUCUACAUCCACAACAACACCUCCGUGAUCCAGGACGAGGUCCUCGCCCAUAGGUUAGGUCUCAUCCCCUUCACGGGCGGGAAGAAGGGCCUGCGGGAGUGGAUGCGGUUCUGGCGGCGGCCCGCGGAGGGUGAGGGCGCGUACGACACGACGUACGACAAUAACACGGUGAGCCUGAAGCUCAAGGCGCAGUGCACGCACAACAAAGACGCGCCGCCCAACUCCAAGGACCCGAAGGAGCUGUACCACAACGCGCACCUGUACGCGCGGGACAUCACGUUCGAGCCCCUCGGCGCCCAGGCCAAGUUCUUCUCGGGCGAGGACGCCAUCCGCCCCUUCAACCCGGACAUCCUGAUCGCGAAACUGCGCCCCCACCAGGAGGUCGACAUCGAGAUGCACAUGCACAAGGGCUACGGCUGGGACCACGCCAAGUGGUCGCCCGUCGCCACCGCGAGCUACCGGCUGAUGCCGACCAUCACCAUCACGCAGCCGAUCCUGGGCGAGGACGCGAAGAAGUUCGCGGCCUGCUUCAUGGACGGUGUGAUCGGGCUGGAGCCCGUGACGCGGCAGGAGGCGCGGCAGAAGGGCAGCGGGUACGAAGGGCACGAAGGCGAGCUCAAAGCCGUGGUGAAGGACCCGAUGCGCGACACCGUGAGCCGCGAGGCGCUGCGGCACCCCGAGUUCGAGGGCAAGGUCAAGCUCGGCAGGAGGCGCGACCACUUCAUCUUCUCGAUCGAGAGCACGGGCCAGUGGGACAGCGACGAGCUGUUCCUCGAGGCCGUCAAGACCCUCAAGAAGAAGUGCCAGGUGCUCCGGCCGCAGGUUACGAAUAUGGUCUACACGUACUAGAUGGGAAAGCCUCUUCUCUAGUUAUAUUAUUUACCUAAGGUACCUGAGGUUUUACAGGGAUAGAUCGCAUCAGGUCACACCUAA